AAGCUUUAAUAGCAACUGCCAGCAUGUUACAACAGACGUCCAGGGAAGUUGAAAUUGGCCUACAAAAAAUAGGUCACGCCACUCAAAAUCUACAAGCUAACGCCAAAAGCGCCAAGGAAAUGAUUCAGAAACAAGAACUGGAAGUCACGCAAGCUUUAACCCAAAAAGUAAAAUCAAAAGUAGAGGUCUUGCUCGGUCGGGUCGACACACAGAAUAGCGGGGUAAACGAGAAACUUGUGAAACAACGUGACGAGAUGAAUUCCUAUCAUGAGAAAGUGAACGGGUCACUUAAUUUCGCAAAAAAUAUCAUGGAAACAGCAAACAGUGAAGAAAUCAUUUUGCUCGGUAAAAAAGUCCAGGUCAACGCCGACGAUAUCAAAAAGGAUCGCCCAGGAACAAUGGAACCAAUUCACGAUGGUGACAUUCGAUACCAUGCAAAUACAACCAAAACAAUUGUUGGUAAUGUAAAAAUGAUUGAUCUGGGGAUUGUAAGCAGAUCAUCUUAAUUUUCAUAUAAAAAUU